AUGUCAGAAAAUGAUAGUUGGACAACAAAUUCUACUCUUUCUACUACUUCAUCUAUUUCUUCAGAUUCAAAUUCAGAUGAAAAUGUUCAGCGAAUAGUUUUACAUGUUUAUGAUGAUGAAUCGAAAGAAUUCACAUCGUUAACAACAUAUCAUGGAAUGAUUCGAAUUUAUACUUCGCAAACAUGGCCAAGUCGAAUAUUUUGGACGUUUGUUGUUGUAACUUGUUUAGUUCUUUUUAUGAUUCAGGUUAAUUUUCAAAUCUGAUUUUAUUUAAUUAUGUUUUUUUCUUUCAGACUGGUGGGUUACUCAUGUUUUACAACACUCAUCCGACUACUUACCAACUAGAAAGUUUUCCGAUAACUGACGACUUUUCCCCAAAUAUCUCAAUUUGUCCAUCUGGAUUCAAGCAUAAUGGUAAUUUUCCUAAUUAAAAAAAACACUUAAGGAGUUUCAUUUUUUGCAGAUUACUUGUACAAUUUUGUUCUCGGAGAUUAUAAAAACCUCAACAGUUCACUGGACACAAAAAUGAUAGUGGAAAAAUAUAGGUAUUAUUGAUGGAAAAAAUAUAUUCAUUUCCGUUUUCAGUUAUGAUUGCAAGGAUGUUAUUGAUACAGUUUCCAUAGGAUCUCAAAAAUAUUCCGGAUUUUGCAAUGAGAUAAAAACUGAAUUAACAGAAGUCGGAAAAUGUUUCACUUUUGGAUCAUGGAGGCGUUUUUCAACAAAUAAUUUGGUUUUGAAUUUUAAAGAAGAGUACACAGGUGAGAAAGUCCAUUUUUUGAAUGGUGAAAAAUUCAAUGUUUUAUAUUUCAGCAGACACAUUGAUACUUCUUGAUAGUUCUUCUAAAACAACACUGCAAUCUUCUACGAAUUUCUACAUUCGUCCUCAAACUUUUUCGAUUUUCUCAUUUUCUGUUAUUGAGGUUCGAUUUGAAUUUGAAAACUAUAAUUAUUGUAAAAAUGUUUCACAGAAACUAUUACUACCACUGAAUGAUUGGGGGACGUGUAAUCCUGAAUCAGGAUUUGAGACUGGUAUGUGCAAUCAAGAAUGUAAUGCAAACUCAAUAGCCAAAGAGUGAGUAAAUCCCUUGAAAGUAAAUAUUGAAUGAGAGUUUCGAAUUUCAGAUGUGGUUGUCAACCGUUUUUCAGCAAUCUGAAAAACUAUACUUACUGUAAGAUUGAAGAAAUGCGAAACUGUAAAAUUGGUGGGUUUUUUGUUUGAAAUCCAUAACUAUUAUCAAAUUCAGCUCCGUUGCAAAAUCCUUGCAAUUGUUCCGUUCAACAAAACAUCUUUGAAUAUAAUUCGGAUUCCCUGAAAUUUUUCAAAAGUUCUCGCACAACUUUGAAAAUUAUGUUGACCUCAAAAAAUGUGCAAAAAUAUAAACAAUACAAACGUUUCAAACAAAUAGAUUUGAUGAGUUAUGUUGGAGGAGUUAUGGGUUUAUUCCUUGGUAUGAGUUGUAUUACUCUUCUUGAAGUAUUUAUUUAUCUUUUUCAAAACUGUUUUUGGACAAUUUAAUGAUUUGGUGAGUUCAAAAUAAUCUUGGAACUUGAUUCAAAAAAUGUGAAUUUUCAGCGUCAUCAGAAAUUUGUUGAUGGGUUGCUUGGAGAUUCCGGUGACAAUGAUUUACAUCGAUCUCACGAAGAGAUUAUUAUCACCAAAAAAAUUGAGCCAAAUAUUCCUAUCAUUGUCGAAAACGGAAAUGAAAUUGAGGCUCAGGAAAACAUCGGAAAUCGUAGAAUGUCUGUAGCAGGUCGAAAAAUGUCUCUAAAUGACAAGGGUUUAAAGGUAGGUAUUUUCUAUUUCUAGAAAAAUAUUAUUCAAUAAUUCUCCAAGAAAUUUCAGAUUCAACUAUACCGCCCAAACCUUGGAACACGCCGUAAAUCCGUUUACCAGGAAGCAUGCGAUUUUUAG